GAGAGAGAGAGAGCUACAGGGUAAAUUUUUCAGUGAGAGAAGCAGAAUUAAAUUCAGCUGUCAGACAUGUUUAAGCUGUGAAUUAACAACUGAGUGGAUUUUUACUUUCGUCUUUGUCAGAAAUGGAGACCAUCCUCGCCAAAGCGCUCUAUGACAACACAGCUGAAAGUCCAGAUGAGCUGGCCUUCCACAAGGGUGAUGUUGUUGUGGUGAUAGAGCAAACCGUUGAAGGCAGUGUGGGCUGGUGGAAAUGCUCGCUACAUGGCCAGGAAGGCCUGGCGCCGGCCAACCGGCUGCGGCUCCUCUCUCCGUCCGAGAGUAUUUAUCAGAUCCCAAGGCCAUCACAAGCAAGCCCUACUUAUGAGGUCAUGGAGCGGUUCUACAAGGUGUCAUCUCACAGUCCCGUCCUUUUCCCAUGGAAAUCUGAAACACUGAUGGUCCCUGACUGCUCCAGUCCCAAUACAGAUGUGUAUGCUGUUCCUACUCUUGCAAGAAAAGGCACUUUGUACACACCACGGCCAAUACUAGGGAAAGCGUCAACUACUAACAUUCAGAAGAGAUGCGAAAUGAUGAACAGCAACUGCACACCUUGUGAGAUUUAUGACGUACCACCACCUUCCAAAGAUCUCAAUUAUGAUAUCCCCAUUCCUUCAAAAAAUGAGCCACACCUAAAGUUGGGUUCUAGCUACAGCACUUUGCCUAACCGACGGAAAUGUGAACAGAUAUAUGAUGUGCCUGUAGCACUUGAAACGCCCGUCAGUGUACAUGGUUUCUAUGGCACAAUGCCAUCCAAAGGUGCACAUUUUGAAAAAGUGAUCUAUGAUACACCACCAAUAUGUGGUCGUCCUCCUGUAGUCUCUGGUGGCUUCUGCUACGAUAUCCCAAAAUGUAGUGAGAAAGCACAACAAAAAAGUGACUCCAUCCCACCAGAGAAAGAAUGCAUCUAUGAUACACCACCAGCAUGUGUUCGUCCUACAGUAGUCUCUCAUGGCUUCUGCUACGAUAUCCCAAAAUGUAGUGAGAAAGCACAACAAAGAAGUGACUCCAUCCGACCAAAGAAAAAAUGUAUCUAUGAUACACCUCCUCAAAUCAAGCAAAGAAAAUCCAUUCUGAAUGGUCUGACACUCUCAAAUCAGAAAGUUAUAAACCCAGGUGAUUCCGAAAAUAUUUCUAAACCUCUGGAAUACAGGUGUGAACUUGGACCAAGGCCUGAUCAUCCUCGUGGAUGUUUAUCAUGGGGCAAAAAGAUUAUGUUGUCCAGAGAACAACAGGAGAAGGGGGCAAUAACCAUUGAAAAUGCGAUCAAGAAUGGUAGCGGCGCACCUGUUUCUGAAAACCAACGGGACUCAACAGUGUCCACCUCCUCCACCACCUCCAGCUCUUCCAGGAGCUCUUGUGACUCUCUGUUUGGCUCCCCCUCGCCAGAUCCACCACGGGAGGUCACACUUUCCCCAGAGGAAGUCACCCAAAGGCUUUUGCAACUCCAGGAAACAGUUUGUCAGGCUGUGCCGAAACUCAUGAACUUUGUAAGUAGCCACUGGAGAUGUCGCAAGCAUCUGGGCCAACACCUCCAGAAGAUCCGUACAGCCUCAGAGGAUGUGGCCAACUCAGUCACCUCCUUUCUCAACUUUGCUCUGGAUAUCAGAGGUAAUGCACAGGGGCUGACUGACUCUAACUUGCAGGCCAGGCUCCAGAAGCAGCUCUCUAUCAUAGAGGACUCAGGACUGAUUCUGCAGUCAUCCAUGGAUGCUCUUGGUGGCUUGGGCUGGUCUCUGGAUGUCCUGGCUCAGGAUCAAGGGCAGCUGCAGACUCCAGACCAGCUGGACCGCUUUGUCAUGGUGGCCCGCACUUUGCCCGAAGACAUGAAACGUUUGGUGUCCAUUAUCAAUGCUAACAGCAAGCUUCUGUUCAGAAACUCAUCAAAAGAGCCAGAAUUGACAAAGAACCCCAGUCCACCAGAUGUGCAAAAAAGCCUGGGCAAGAAUGAACCAUCAGCAGAUACAAAAGUGGAUGACGAUUACGUGCAACUUCAGACCAAGACAGAAUUUGAAAAGCAACAGCAGAGUGAAGAAAAAAACAACAUAACAUUGGACACAAAUGAAGAAAAGGAGAGAAAACAGGCUUCCAAACCAGAUCCUCCAAGUCCUGAUAGCACAAGCCAACAGCCCUGCAGGCCCGUUAUUUCCGACCACUGCCGUCUGUAUUUUGGAGCCAUCAGGAAGGCCAUUGCUGUGCUUGUUUCUAGCCUUGAGGAGCAACAGCCCCCUGAGAAGUUCAUAUCCCACAGUAAGCUGGUGAUCAUGGUGGGUCAGAGGCUAAUAGACACCCUUUUUGGUGAAGCCCGGAGGAGGCAGGACAGCCAGGAACUCUUGCACAAAAGCAACCACUUGUGUGCCCUCCUCAAGCAACUGGCAGUGGCCACCAAAAAAGCAGCGCUGUACUUUCCUGACCAAGUGGCAAUCCAGGAAGCACAGGACUUUGCCAAAGAGCUGGCUCAGAAGGCACACCAUUUUCGCAUGUCUCUGGAGAGCUAAGGGUUGUGUGAAAGGACAACAGUAUGGUGCAAAGUUUCAGACAGACACAUACCUGCAUGUUCUGCAACCGUGCAUUUUUCUCUUGUUGGUGAUAUCUGUUUUUAUUUUCUCAGUUCUUCUGUUAAAACAAUGUGAUGCACCAAAAAAAAAGUGCAAGUUGCACAUUCAGCUAUGUCGAAUGCAUAUUUAUUAAAAGAACACUGGAAAAACAAUAAAAUACAAGAAUAGGUAGAGAAAUAGUUCAGAUUAAGAUUACAGCAUCUUUCAUAUACAGCAGACAAAUGUGGCAUUUCCUAAAUAACUGUGUAGCCUAACUUUAGAUAGUAGGGAUUAUUAUUUUCAUUUAAGCAAAACAUGCACUUUUUUUUAACAUCAGAUGUUGUAGCCAGAAUUUCCGUGAGAAUAAUAAGCAGUGGCGUCCAAAAUUAUUGUUAUCCUUUCCAAAAUGAGCAAGAAAAGAUUGUAUAAAAUAAGCAUUACACACAAUAAUUCGACUUUUCCAGGGCGGCACGGUGGUGUAGUGGUUAGCGCUGUCGCCUCACAGCAAGAAGGUCCGGGUUCGAGCCCCGUGGCCGGCGAGGGCCUUUCUGUGUGGAGUUUGCAUGUUCUCC